AUGCACCGUUCCUCCACCACCGCCGCCGCCGCCACGUCCGUCAAUGGGUUCUACAACUUCGUGACUCAAGGCCUCGAUGAUCUUGUUCGAUCUUUUCACUCUCAUAACUUCAUGUCCAUCCAUUUCCUUCAACAUGUUCUUGCUUCCCUCCAAUCUUUCCAUUCGCAGCUCAUCGCCGUCGUCCAGAAACUCCAUUUGCCGGUCGGAGAAAAGUGGCUCGAUGAAUACAUGGAUGAAAGCGCCCGCCUUUGGGAAGUCUGCCACGUCAUCAAAUCCGGCAUCACCAACAUGGAAAACUAUUAUUCCGCCGCCGUCACCAUCGCCACCACCCUCGAGAACCACCGUUUCUUAAACCCACAACUGUCUCGACAGGUUCUUAGAGCAAUCAAUGGGUGUCAGAGGGAGAGAGUUGGAUUGGAGGAAGAAAACAGGGGAUUGAUCCGAACGAGAAUUCAACCGUUGAUGAUGAAAUUCGAUAAGAACGUGAUGAUCGAAUCGAAAUUCAACGGGUUUAAUGGAUUCAGAGGCGUGCUUUUCGCAUUACGGAACACGAAUUCGUUGCUUUUGAUGAUCUUGUUAAGUGGUCUGGUUUACUGUUCGCCUGUAACAAGCUUCUCUUCGUCUUGCCAUGGCAACAACGCCAUGAAUUACAACGAAAACGUUUUCGGGUCGGGUUUCAUGGUUUCCGCCACCAGAUUACACGAAAAAGUGAAAGAAAACGAAGACGGUCAGAACGGGGUGUUGCUUUACGAGUUCUGGAAUUCAAGAACCGCCAUCGACGACCUGAAAACAGAGCUGGAAAGAAUGAAAGGGACCGGAAUGGAAUUUGACGUAAGUGAAAGGGCUGAAAAGUUAAAAAGCUGUUUUGUGGGGUUGCAAUGUGGAAUUGAAAAUAUGAUUGUGCAACUUGACGACUUUUUUGAUGAGAUUGUUGAAGGUCGGAAGAAGCUUUUGGACUUGUGCACCCAUAGUUAGGGUUCGAGUCUUGGUCUUGGUGGUUCAUGGAUAUGCCGAAAUAGGUAGGGACCAUGGCCGGGUUCGGGUUUCACUCAUCGUAGGGGUUUGUGGGGUCGAGUCUUUUUGCCGUUUUUUACCUUAAUAGGUAGGGACUGUGGGUUCUGGGUCUCGAUCUUUUUGCCAGUUUUGCUUUAAUUGGGAAAACUUGUAGGUUCGAGAUUCAUCCAUUUUGUCGAAAAAAGAAAGAGAUUAGACUUGUGCAGAAAGAAAAGGAAAAAAGAAAAUCAAAGUAUCAAAAUAGGGUAUGA